UAUGAAUUUUAAAUAAGAAGCUUUCUCAACUGUUGAUACUAUCUUUAAGCAUAUCUAAGAAAGUUAAAAUGAAAGAAUAAUAAAAGCUUUAGGGGGAAUGAAAGAAAAUAUAUAAAAAAAAUUGGAAGAAUUAGAUUAAUAAGAAGAGGAUUUAAAGAUUAAAGAAGUCUUUCUUCAAAAACUAUAAAAGUUAUAAUAAUUUACUGAUAAUCCAGGUAAUCUUAAAUAAGUUUGGAAAUAUGUCUCCUUUAAAAUUUAUUAAUAACAAGAUCAAUUUAUGGAAUUAAUCAAAAAUGUGCCGAAUAUUAUUGAAUAUCAAUUAAAGUAAAAAGUAUUGACUUUAAGUACAUUUAUUAAAUAAAGUUGUGCUGAAUUGUACUCGCACUAACUUGUUACAUUUUAAAUUAAAUUAUAACUUGAUGAAUAAUUAUAAAAAGAGAAUAUUGAAGAAGAAGAUUGUGUUGGUUGUGUUACAUAUGUAUCUCCAGAAGUAUAAAAUUAAAGACUGUUUAAAAUUGAAAUGAAAUUAAAAGGAUUUACUAGUAAAGUUAAAAAAUUAGAAGAUUUGAUAAAUAAUGGUAAUUUAGAAUCAGAUCUUUUAAAAUUCACUUUUGAUAAUAAAAGUUAAAAAAUAACCUUAUGGAGUUCAGAUGAUUAAUUAAGUUAUCAAAUAACAAACAAGUAUUCAAUUUAUUUAUUUUUUAGACCAACUCUGGAUGAAUAACCAAUAUUUGAAUAAAGAAUAUACUUAUAAACAGGUAUGGUAAUUUAAUUGACAAAAACUUUCUAAAUAUUUGUAAAUGGUACUGGAAAUGGCAAUAAUAAAGAGAAAAUUGUUAAUGAGCAUUUCACUCCUUUUUAGUUUAGAGAAGAUAAAAAUUAGAUUAAACCAAUUUUAUUGAUUGAAAAAUAAAUAUGGAUCUCUUUAAAUAAUGGAUUUGACGAUGUAAUUUAUUAUCCAAAUGAAAAUCCAAUCAAAUUAUCAUAAUAUCAGACCCUUCCAAGAGGAUUUGAAGUAUUGUUAUAAAAUGAUGGUUGUGGUCAUUAUAUAACUGUUAUAGGUAAUUGUUAAAAAUUUGCACCAAGAAUCUUAUCCAAAAAAAAAAGUAGUGAAGAAAAAGAUACACUUUUAUAAUUUAAUACUUCAUAAGAAAAUUUUAAUUUAGGAAUCAUUUAUUAAGAUAAUAUUAGAUUAUUAUUAAAUUCUGAUUUACUUCCAAUUUGGAAUGGCACAGAAAUAUUUGAUUUAUGA